AUGUCACGCUCUUCUCGAUUCUUUGACGGACCCACGGUCGUUCCAGAUCCUGUUCCAGCAUACCACCCCGCAUCUGUCGUUGAAGAACGCUCAGUGGAUGAGAGUAGACCCCUGAGAGUUGUGAUCAUUGGAGCCGGAAUCAACGGAAUCCUGUCGUGCAUUCGAUUGGUUCAAAAGGUUCCAAACCUCGACUUGUGUAUAUACGACAAGAACGCCGAUAUUGGGGGUACUUGGUUUGAAAACAGAUAUCCUGGCUGCGCGUGUGAUUCUUUUACCCCAGAAGAACUCGAGAGCUUCAAGAAUGACCCUGCGGCCUUGCUGAAAUUCCGUAAAGAAGUUGAGCUCCAAUUGCAGUCUGUUCAUGAAGCUACUCUCAAUGGCACCCCUAUGCAAUUGGGCGCGAUCCCUUUCUUCACUGAGAACAUGAAGCGACGCCUAGCCAACAAACCAGAGCUUUUGGAUGAGCUCGUACCAUCCUUCCCACCGUCCUGUCGCCGUCUCACACCUGGACCCGGCUACCUCGAAGCAUUGACGGAUCCAAAGGUGGACCUCAUCAAGUCGGAGAUUGUCAAGAUCGAUGAAACUGGCAUUAUCACUGCGGAUGGACAGCACCGACCCGUCGAUAUGAUUGCCUGUGCAACUGGUUUCGAUACAAGCUACACGCCGAGAUUCCCUAUCAUAGGACGCGGUGGAAAGUCGCUUGCCAACCAUUGGAAAGAAUCACCUGAGACGUAUAUCUCGAUCGCAACUGACGGUUUUCCGAACUAUUUCAUCUGCUUCGGACCGAAUUCCGGCCUGGGUGAAGGAAACCUUAUUAUGCUCUUUGAGCGACAGAUUGAAUACUUUGCUCAGUGCUUGCAGAAAUUGCAGCGGGACAACAUCCGCAGUAUGAGUGUGCGACCUGAGUCUGUUCGCCGGUUUUCCAAAUACUGUGAUGAUUACUUCAAAAAUACGGUUUAUGGCAGUAAAUGCCGCAGCUGGUACAAGAGUGGAAAUGAAGAAGGGCGUAUCACAGGUGUCUGGCCGGGAUCGUCGAUGCACUCCAUGAAGGUGUUUUCUAAUCCUCGUUGGGAGGACUUUGAGUAUGAAUACCUUAAUGAUAACCCAAUGGGCUGGCUUGGUGAUGGAUGGACAGAAAAUGAAAAGUACCAGAGGAUCAAUGUGGAUUAUUUGGAUGAUGACCAGAUCGAUUUUCCUCCAGUGGUGGUACAGAAUGGGGCCAAGUGA